GGGCGGCGCGGAGCUCCUCGCAGGGGACGCGGCGGCGGCGGCGGCGGGGGAUGGAGGCGGCGGAGCUGCGGGAGCUGCGGGCGUUGGUGGAGCGGGCGGGCGGGCGGCGGGCGGUGCUGCUGGUGGCCGAGGUGGUGGCGGAUGGCGCUCCGGCGGCGGCCACGUUGGCGUCGUUCGCCCGCGAGCUGCUGGGCGACGAGGCUCCUCCGGGGCAGGGGGUGGAGCCGGGAUGCCGGUCCCGGUCCCGAUGCCGGCGGCGGACGCUGGGGGCUCGGUUGCUGCUGGUGCUGUGCCGCGGAGGAACGGCGCGGGGCCGCGGGAGCCGCGCGCGGCUGCGGGAGAUGGUGCGGGACGUGCGGGGCCGUUUGCCCCUGGGGCCGCCGCCCGCCGUCGUCGGCGUUCUUCUGCCCGGUGGGGACGGGGAGGACGCGGCGGUGUUGGACGCGAUGCUGCGGCGGCACUUCCCGGCGGCAGGCACCGUGCAGGCGGCGCGUUACAGCCCCGGGAGCCCCGCAGCGCUGCGGGAGUGCCGCACCGCCGCCUGCCGAGCUCUGCGGGCCGCCCUGCAGCACCCCGCAGAGGAGGAGAAAGAGAGGGAGAGGUGGAGGCUGCCUGCCUUCCUGCAGUGCAUCUCUUGGAGCCGGAGGAGCCGGAGAAAAGGCCACGCGUCAAAAGCUGCAAACAGUGUUCAUGAAGAUGACCUGCAGGACCCUCAGGAGAUGGCUCUGACCAGUCUGUCUCCCAAUGGAAACUACGAAGAUGCUGCUGGAGGUGUGGGCACCUAAAGCUGUGGGCACCUGAUGUGAUCCCUGCCCCGGUCCUGCCUGGCUGGUGCGGAGCUGUGGGAGGAGGAGCUGUGCCCACUCGCCCUCAGAGAGCCCACAGAUUUCACCAAGGUCAUCUGUGGCUGCCAGCAGCCUCUGAGCUCCAUGAAAGAGCCACCCCCUGCCCAUGGGGCUGUGCUGGUGGACACCGGGCUUUGGAGGAGCCCUUUGGGAAUGUAUCCUCCAUCCUGGGCAAGGUGACGUGGGGACUUGAGCUUCCAUCUGCCCAAACAAAGGGAAACGAGCAAAGCUCCCCACUGAGAUUGCUAGAGGUGGCCUCCCAGGCAAACAGAUUCUGCUGCCUUAUUUUUCUGCCUUAUUGCUUUAUUCUGAAGCUGCCGACCUCUCUCUGAUCUGGGGGAAAAAAAAAAGAAAAAGACAAAUAAUGCAGCGGCAUGGAGACUGCAAUGGGACCGAGCACGAAGUCCUGUAUCUACCAGCCAGCUAAAAAGCUUGGAUAUGUGUGAAUAACAUGAAGAAAUGCAGCUCUGGGCAGCAAGCGUAACACAAAAGGUACUGAUAUUGCUGGCAGCUGGAGCAGAGCAUGGUUCUGAGAGCAGGAUGUGUCCGUCUGUCCCAUCGCGGUGCUCACAGGCUGACCAACACGCUGCCCGUGUCGGAGGGAGGCAGACAGGACUGUGAUGUGUGUGUGAGAUGGGUAUGGCACAGGUCUGUCACACCUGGCACAUCUCCACAGCUGUGGUGGCAGCUCCUGGACGUGCCCGCUGCGUUCCCCUCAGUGUGAUGGGGCUGCUUCAUGAACUGAUAGGAAUCCCAGAUCCAACCCCCCGCAGGGUUGCUUUGUGGGGAAUAUUAUCAUCGUGCUCAAAUGCCUUUUUUUUUUAGCUCUUAUUUUAAUGCAACACAAAGCAGGUCUGGUUUUGUUUUCAGCACACACGGCUGGGUUUGGUCUGCGCCUGGCCAUCCUUCUGGAGCUCCCCUCAGCUCAGGCAGAAACUCCAGCCCUGUCCUACACCCAACUCCAUGCUGGGUUGCAGCGUUGUGUCCUACAAUCAUAGAACAGUUUGAGUUGGAAGGGAUCCUUAAGGGCCAUCUGGCCCAACUCCCUGCACUGAACAGACACCCACAGCUCCAUCAGUGCUCAGAGCCCCGUCCAGCCUGACCUUGGCUGUCUGCAAGGACGGGGCUCCACCACCUCUGUGCAACCUGUGCCAGUGCCUCACUGUGAAAAACUAACUUCUAACGGUGCUGCUCUGCCCUUGGGGAGCAGGAGUGCCUUCCUGCAGGCCAGGGAGCGUGGCCCUGCCUUAGCCCUGCACACUGACCUCCAUCCUCUUCCCCCGCACCAGAGUGCUGUGGUGAGUUGUGCACAGCUCCAUGAGUUCCUAACUGAAGGGCACUGUUAUUCCAAGUGCUGGCUGUAAUCAAUAAAUACACUCGAUUUCUCAACUGGAA